AUGGGAAACACUCGGUUCAUUGUGGCUCUUAUGGUGGUGGUGGUGGUGGUGGUGCUGCCUAAUUUUGGGGUUUCAUUCUCUAUCAAAUCCGCAACAACCAACAUCAGCACAGACCAGUUGGCUCUUCUUGCACUAAAAGCCCGUGUCAACAGUGAUCUUCUGGCUACCAACUGGUCAACUGCUACCUCUAUUUGCAAUUGGGUUGGUGUCACUUGCGGAUCUCGACACCACAGAGUCACUUCUUUGAAUCUAUUUGGCAUGAACCUCUUUGGCACCAUACCACCAGACAUGGGAAAUCUGUCUUUUGUUGCUUUCCUUGACAUUGGAAACAACAGUUUUCAUGGUUCGUUGCCUAUCGCGUUGGCUAAUUUGCGUCGGCUGAAACAUCUAAUUCUGCGUUACAACAAUUUCAACGGGGAAAUCCCAUCUUGGUUUGGUUCCUUCCCUAAACUUCAAAACUUGAGUUUGGACGGUAAUAACUUUGUGGGAGCUAUCCCAACUUCUUUGUGCUCUUUGUCAAAACUACAGGUCUUGAGCUUGCAGAACAACAAUUUGCAAGGACAUAUCCCAGUGGAAAUUGGAAACCUUUCUAGCUUGAGAUUUUUAGAUUUAAGUUCUAAUCAGCUUUCAGGCUCCAUACCGUCCUCAAUCUUCAGCAUAUCUUCAUUGCUAGAGAUUUAUCUUACCCAAAAUCAACUAAUUGGUUCCAUACCUUCAAUCCCACUCAACAUGUCUUCCUUGCAAAACAUUGCUUUAACAUUUAAUAACCUUACUGGUCAUAUCUCAUCAGAUAUGUUUGAUCGUUUACCUAAAUUAAAAGGGCUUCACUUGAGUUUUAACCACCUUUCUGGUCCAAUUCCAAUGAAUUUAUUCAAGUGUCCAGAGUUAAAAGUUUUAUCUUUAUCUUAUAAUCAUUUCGAGGGAACUACACCGAAAGAAAUAGGAAAUUUGACUAUGCUGGAGACCCUGUAUCUUGGAGAGAACAACCUCAAAGGUGAAAUUCCACAACAGAUUGGUAACCUAACGCUUCUAAAAAGACUUGAUUUUUCCACUAAUAAAUUGACAGGUAAAAUACCAAUUGAGAUAGGCAACCUACCAAAAUUGGAAAUUUUCAAUUUUGAAUCGAACAAUAUCUCUGGACAUAUCCCUCCUGGUAUCUUUAAUAGCUCAACUAUGAGGAUCAUUGCACUUGAUUUAAACCAUCUCUCAGGUUGUCUUCCAUGGAGCACAGGACUUUGGCUUCCAAAACUUGAAAGGCUUCUACUUGGUUUAAAUAAGUUAAAUGGAACAAUACCUACCUCCAUCUCUAAUGCCUCUAAGUUAACAGACCUGGACUUGUCAGCUAAUUCAUUUUCUGGAUAUAUUCCUAAUGACCUCGGAAAUCUAAGAGAUCUACAUUUUCUCAAUCUACAGUUUAAUAAUUUGGCUAGCACACCUUCAUCCCCAAAAUUGAGCUUUCUCUCAUCUUUAGCAUCUUGCAAAGACUUGAGAGUCUUGCAAUUUACUAAUAAUCCAUUGAUCGAUGGUGAACUUCCUAUCUCUAUAGGAAAUCUCUCUAUUUCCUUACAAAAAUUAGAUGCUAUGGAUUGCAACAUUGGAGGCAACAUUCCUGGAGAGAUUGGCAACCUAAUCAACUUGAUCAGCUUGAACAUAGCUCACAAUGAAUUGAUUGGAUCUAUUCCCACCACAAUUGGAAGAUUAGAAAAGUUGCAAGGUUUCUCUCUUGAAGGCAAUAACUUAGAAGGAUCCAUUCCAUCUGAGUUAUGCCAUCUGAAGAUUUUGGGUUUCUUGUACCUCACAGGUAACAAAUUUGCUGGACCAAUACCAGAAUGUUUGGGUGAUCUCAUUUCUCUUAGACAUUUAUAUUUGGACUCCAAUAAGUUUGCAAACUCAAUACCCUCAACCUUCACAAGGCUUACAGAUAUCUUGCAACUAAACUUGUCUUCCAAUUUUCUCAGUGGGGCUCUCCCAAUUGACUUUGGAAAGUGGAAGGUUGCUAUAAUUAUUGAUUUUUCAGAAAAUCAAUUAUCAAGUGAAAUUCCAAAGAGCAUUGGUGAUCUAGAAGACCUAACUUAUCUUUCAUUAUCCGGUAACAGAUUGCAAGGAUCUAUACCUGAGUUAUUUGGUGGGCUGACAGAGUUGAAGUUCUUAGAUCUAUCAAGAAAUAAUUUCUCUGGAAUUAUUCCAAAGUCCUUGCAAAAACUCUUGAAUCUCGAGUAUUUGAAUGUCUCAUUUAAUAGACUUCAUGGAGAAAUUCCUACUGCAGGACCCUUUGCCAACUACUCGAUUCAAUCAUUUAUGGGGAAUGAAGAGCUAUGCGGUGCACCUCGACUGAAACUCCCACCAUGCAAAACAAAUUCUGCUAAACAUUCAAGGAAAGCUACUAAGCUUAUUGAAUUUAUUCUAUUGCCAGUUGGCUCAACACUAUUAAUUCUAGCCUUAAUUGUCGUUUUCUUCCAAAGUCGAAGAAAGCAUUCAAAGCAAAAUAUUGAUCGAGAAAAUUCGAUUGGUUUAGCAAAGUGGAGAAGAAUUUCAUACCAAGAGCUUUAUCAAGCCACAAAUGGUUUUUGUGAAAGCAAACUACUUGGUGCAGGGAGUUUUGGCUCGGUAUACCAAGGUUCUCUUUCAGAUGGAUUGAACAUUGCCAUAAAAGUCUUUAAUUUGGAGGUAGAAGGAUCAUUCAAGAGCUUUGACAUUGAGUGUGAGGUCUUGCGCAACAUUCGCCAUCGAAAUUUAGUCAAAAUCAUUAGUAGUUGCUGCAAUGUUGAUUUUAAAGCCUUGGUGCUUGAAUUCAUGCCUAGUGGAAGCCUCGAGAAGUGGUUGUAUUCUCAUAACUAUUUUCUUGAUAUCUUGCAUAGGUUGAACAUUAUGAUUGAUGUGGCAUCUGCAUUAGAAUACCUCCAUCAUGGUCAGACCAUCCCUAUGGCCCAUUGUGAUUUAAAACCAAGCAAUGUUUUAUUAGAUGAAGAUAUGGUUGCACAUUUAGGUGAUUUUGGCAUUGCAAAGCUGUUAGGUGAAGAGGAUUCAACGGUACAAACCCUAACACUAGCAACGAUUGGGUAUAUGGCACCAGAAUACGGAACACAAGGAAUUGUUUCCAUAAAAAGCGACGUGUACAGUUUUGGUAUUCUUCUAAUUGAAACCUUAACAAGAAAGAAGCCCACGGAUGUAAUGUUUGUUGGAGAAAUGAGCUUAAAACAUUGGUUGACUAAGUCGUUACCAUUUGCAUUAACUCAAGUUAUAGAUGCCAAUUUGCUAAUCAGUAGCAAGGAGCGAGAACAUUUUGCCAUAAAGGAUUGUGCAUUGUCUAUUUUACAAUUGGCUUUAGAAUGUUCAGAAGAGUUGCCAGAAGAGAGGAUUGACAUGAAAAUCGUUGUUGCUAAGCUGAAGAAGAUCAAAAUCAAGUUUUUGAAGGAUUCAAACAAAAGGGCUUGA